AUGCUGCGCCUCGAAGAUUGUGACACCCGUAAAUUUGACUUUCAAAAUUUUAACGUCAAGAAACAUUUUUUAAUUGGUUCUGGUGCAUUUGCUUCGGUUUAUUAUGCAUACUGGAAAGGAACACAAACAAAAUUUGCAAUUAAAAAAUUCGCCGAAGGUUCUACGAAAGAAAUCAUUCUAAAUGAGAUUCGUUGUAUGAAAUUAGUUAAUUAUCAUCCAAAUAUAAUUGGAUUUUGUGGAGUUACGAGAUUUGAAGACGAUACUUCUAUUCAAUUUGAAAUUCUUAAAGGUGUAAGAGAAAUACCUAUUCCAACCACAAAUGGUAGAUUUGUUAAGCUUUAUCAAAAAUGUUGCCAACAUGAACCAAAUGAAAGACCCGAGAUCAAUCAAGUAAUUUCGGAACUUAAUAGUAUUUCUCAUUCCGAAGAAAGUGUAAGAAUUGAAGAACUAGGAAAUGAUGAAUGUUUAAGAACAGAAGAAUUGAAAAAUGAAGAAACUAAAAAAUCAGUUGUAGGUUGUGAUUUAGCUACAUAUGACAAAAUUUAA